CUGUAGCCGGCGGGAUUAAGGAACAGUUCCACUUCCUGUGCCACCGGAAGCAAUUGGCGAUGGCAUCCUCUUCUGUGGAAGCGCCUGCCAAAGCAGCUCGAAAAAGUGAUUCUCAGCAGCAGAAACAGAAGCGUGAGAACCAAGAUGAGGCAGAGCUCCUCACUGUUCCUGAUGGUUGGAAGGAGCCAGCUUUUUCCAAAGAGGACAAUCCCAGAGGACUCCUGGAAGAAAGCAGCUUUGCAACCUUGUUCCCAAAGUACAGAGAGGCUUACCUGAAAGAGUGCUGGCCUUUGGUGCAGAAAGCCUUGAAUGAACAUCACGUCAAAGCAACGCUGGACUUGAUAGAGGGUAGCAUGACCGUUUGCACGACAAAGAAGACUUUCGACCCUUACAUCAUCAUUAGGGCCAGAGACCUAAUAAAGCUCUUGGCGAGGAGUGUUUCGUUUGAACAGGCAGUACGAAUACUUCAAGAUGAUGUUGCCUGUGACAUCAUUAAAAUAGGUUCUCUAGUGAGAAAUAAAGAGAGAUUUGUCAAAAGAAGACAGCGGCUUAUUGGUCCCAAAGGAUCUACAUUGAAGGCAUUGGAACUCCUAACAAACUGUUACGUAAUGGUUCAGGGGAAUACUGUCUCAGCCAUUGGACCUUUCAGUGGUCUGAAAGAGGUUCGAAAAGUAGUCCUUGAUACCAUGAAGAAUAUUCAUCCAAUUUAUAACAUUAAAACCUUGAUGAUUAAACGGGAGUUGGCAAAAGAUUCCGAGUUACGAUCACAAAGUUGGGAAAGGUUUUUGCCACAGUUCAAGCACAAAAAUGUGAAUAAGCGCAAGGAACCAAAGAAGAAGAGCGUCAAGAAGGAGUACACGCCGUUCCCUCCCCCACAGCCAGAAAGUCAGAUUGAUAAAGAAUUGGCUAGUGGUGAAUACUUUUUGAAGGCAAAUCAGAAGAAGCGGCAGAAAAUGGAAGCAAUAAAGGCUAAGCAAGCAGAAGCUCUUACAAAGAGGCAGGAAGAAAGAAACAAAGCAUUUAUUCCACCUAAAGAAAAGCCAGCUGUGAAGCCAAAGAAAGCUUCUACUGAAACUAAGAUUGAUGUGGCUGCUAUCAAGGAAAAGGUUAAGAAAGCGAAGACUAAGAAACUGGGUGCUCUUACAGCAGAGGAAGUUAAGCUUAAGAUGGAGGCUGACGAAAAGAAACAGAAGAGAAAAAAGUAACAUUGGAAAAAAUCCCAAACUGAACUUCUGAAGGUAUUUCCUUUUGUAAAGGAAUUUGACAUGCAAAGGCUUUUAGCUACCUUACCUGGGAGUAGCCAAACUCUGAAAAUUAUGACCAGCUUUUUAUCUGUUCAUGGACAUACCUCUUGUAAAUACAUUCUUCAUAUGUAUUGGUAAAAGUUUUUGUGAGAAGGUAGUAGCUACCUGUGUGUACAUUGUAACAAAUGAAUUCCAGACAGGUUUUGGCUAAAUGUUUUAGGAAUACCUUUUUUUUUCUAUUUUUUAAUUAUAUAGGCUUUUGGAAUGAGACUAUUCAUCAAAUCCAGUUGUUGCUAUGGGUUAGUCUUUAUAAAACAUAACCAAAGCAUUUGAUUUUAAGGAAAAUAAAUGUAAAAAUUUCACUGCUUUCUUUCUCCCUUGCUAAUGGCAAAUACUUUGGCUUAUUUAUUUAUUUAUUUUUGUAAUUUUAUUCCAGGAGUAAAACAAAACACCAGAAAAACCAUGGCCUCUAACUCAAAUCUUUCAAUCACUGUUUUAUUCUGACUCUGAGGAAAUGGUACCAGAAAAUGUAUGUAGAUCUUUCACCUGCAUCCACUGUGAGUGCUCUGUGUGCAUUUGCUGGUGGCCACUGAAUUUGUAGAACUGGAGUUAGAGAUGGUUGUGAGACGCGGCGUAAGUGCUGGAGAUCAAACACCAGUCCUUUUGCAAGAGCAGCAAGUGUUCUUAACCUCUGAACCAUGAGGACAAUUAAUUGGCCUUAAAAUUAUCAAAAUGCAUUUUACAAGUCUAGAAAUCUGAAACCCAGGGAGUAUGUUACUUCCCGAAAGCCUAGCCAUGGCAGCCUGGGCAGAAGGAUGAGUUUAUUCUGUAGGCUUAGGAAACUAAGCAGUUCUUUUGACUAAGGCUUUAUUGAACCAGUUCCUCAAACAUUUUAAAAUAGCCACAUAUAAAUAAGUUUCCCCACCCCCAACCAUGGCAUUAGUCCAAAAGAACUAAAUUAGGGUAUUUGUGCUUCACCCAAAUGGUAAUUACAACAGACAGUAUUAGAAGAACCGACUUAGCGAUGAGAAAGAGAGAUGUGUAUCUGUUACGAAGGUAUAUGGGCCGGUCUGGAUUUACAACAGAGUAGUAACCUGUGGAAAAAAUGAGAGUGGGCUCUUAGACAGUUUUUCACAGUGAGCUAACCCAUCCACACAGCACCCAGUGAAAAGUUUAAGGUUUGCAUACGUACGUGAGACCUGGUCUCGUCGUUUGUUAACUGUAAAACCAGAAUUAAGAGAAAGUUAGGUAUAGAGGAAGCUAUGUGUAUGUUUCUAAUUACAUAUUUUUAACCAUGAUCUUGAUUUGGCUUUAAGCACAGUGAUUUUUAAAGAUCAAUCAACUUAUAGUUACUGUCAACUUAGUACUAAUUUUAGUUUUAUAUAAAUUUUAGUUUUAUAUAAAUUUAAUAUGUGAAUUUUUGUACAAAAGAAAUUUCUACCGCAGUGAAUGGAAAAAAAAAAACCAUUUAAUAUAUCACAGCUACCAGAUGAUUCCUAUUUUGAGCUAUGGUUGAAACUAAAGAUUAAAAUAAGUGAUCUGUUUUAAAUAAAAUAUUUUCUGAACUCCUC